AUGAACAUAGUGAUCCAAGUCGUUGGGUCUCGCGGGGACAUCCAACCCUUUAUUGCUCUGGGAAUGGCUUUGGAGCAUUCAGGGCACCGCGUCCGAAUCGCGACCCAUGAGACUUUCAAAGAAUUUGUUGAAAGUCAUGGGCUUGAAUUUUUUAACAUAGGAGGCGAUCCGAAGAAACUCAUGGCGUACAUGGUGAAAAACCCUGGAUUACUGCCCGGCAUCGACAGUAUCCGAAACGGGGAAAUUCAACAAAAUAGAGCGGCUAUUCGACAAAUUCUCGAUGGCUGUUGGCGAUCCUGUUUCCAGAGCCUCGAAGCAAGUGGUGAUGUUAGUGACACUGGCAGCGAUAGGCCAGCGCCUUUCUUUGCAAAUGCUAUCAUCGCCAAUCCUCCAUCCUUCGCGCAUGUGCAUUGCGCUGAGAAGCUAGGCAUACCCUUGCACCUUAUGUUUACGUGA